UCAGGCGUGCCCAGUUGGAAGGGCAUUAGGGAAUGAUGUUAUCCCACCCUGUGCUGUGAAUGAGUGGGCUAUGGUGACAGCCUGCAAGUCUGUCCCAGUGGCUGUGCAUUUAUGGGUUGGAGGUGCACCUUACCCUCAGCUUCUUCACCACAAUUUGUUAUUAAUAACAGAAGGGUCUGUCUGUGCAGAUGAAAUGUCCAGUGCAGAAGAGGAAAGACAGAGCUCCCCGGAAGAGAGGGAGAAUCAAGACCCAAAUAUGGCCAGUAUCUCACCUCCUGUGACUCAAGAACCCCUUUCUUUGCAAGAUUUAGGGGUAAGAUUCCAGUUUUGUAUUGCAGCAGUAGAGGACUUAGAACGGGAACGUGAUGAACUAAUUCGUGAGUUGGCUGUGCUUCGGGAGCCUUCUGUGGAAGCGGUGAGGCAGGCACAUGAACAGGUGGUACAGGCGUUUGGGCAGCGUGCAAGGGUCGAACUCGAAAGAGAUGCACUAAAGGAAGAAAUUCGGGUAGUCAGAUGCAGGUUGUUCAGGGUAACAAGGGAGUGUGUUGCUUGUCAGUAUCAACUUGACAACCAGCGAAAGGAACUGGAGCAGAAAGCAGCUGAACAAGACGACUUGGAAAAACUAGGUGCUCGGUUAGAAGAAGAGCUCACUCAACUCCGUGAGACUUCUUCUCAGCAACGUGACCAUCAACAGCAACGUCUCCGAACCCCUCGGAGCAGACGUACUUCACGCGAACUGCAAGACAGAAGGCGUCUGUCUGCAGAACUACAAAGCCUAAUUGAAGAACAGCAGAGCUCCCUGGAGGAGAUGUAUGAGCCUAGGUUAUUGCAGCUUUUGGAACGCUGUGAAAGAGGGGCUCGUGCACUACAUACAGUGCAAGAGGAGCUGCAAAAGCUGCGGGAAGAGCUCAGGCCACUACAGGGAGAAGCUUACAAUCUACAGGUUCAGCAACGCAGCCUACAGGAGCAGAUUUCUCUUUUGAAGAAGAAAAGAGACAAUGAGGUGCUGCUAUAUCGGGAGCAGUUGCAGGAGCUGGAAAAUACAAAACGAGAAAUAAAGAUUUCUGUGCAGUUACAACAGCAUCAGAAUAAAGAGAUGGAAGAGUUACGGAAAAGCUUAGCCCAGGAGCUUGCAAUCUACAAGGGAUGCCUUGAAAUAUAUGGACAGCUCUUCAAGUCGGUGACAAAAAAGGAAUGACUGUUUACACAGCCUGAUCUCAACUACUGCAUGAUAUGGAUAAUAGUAAGAGUGACUCAUGCUAUGGUUCUACAGGAUUUAUCUACUUAUAAAAAGGAGAGAAGGGAUUGUAAUGGUAGAAUGAAUGUUCACAUGUAAAAUUAGCACUGAGCUAAACUGAAAGACACAGUAUCUGCAAAAGUAAAUCCUAUUUGUGCAUAGAUAGGUUGUUCUAUUAGGUCACUGAAUGCCCAAGUAAAAGUGACAGAGGAAUCCAAACUUGUAACAUCACACUUACCAUGGGAUAAGUGGGUGAUUUCCAUUGCCACCAAGUGUCAUAGUGUAAGUAACCUGCGCCAAUCUGUGGUCAAAGCUAAUUGAGUCGGAGCCUCCCACAAACCCGUUACACCAUGUUAUAAUCACAUGCUUUAUAAAAAACAAGAAAUCAAUCUGUUUAUUUCAUGUGAGGUGCUCACAUACAGGAGGUGGGAAAUUGAGAGUCAGAUCUGCACCUUGAAAAAAAGGGCUACUACUGCCACCCAAAAACCACAGGCUUGUAAAGCACAACUACACAAGGGAGAAUUCUAUAUUAGAAAUAGGAUUCACAAAGUUUAAAAAAAAUAAAAAACAAAAA